ACAUCAGUGGCUUCUUGCACUGCUGGAAGUCCAACGUGGAUGCAGACAGACAACUGUGGAGUUGAAGCCCAGAUUCAGAACAGAUAUGAAUAAGUUUGUCUGCCUAUUGGCUGUUGGUCUAACCCUUGCCUUGCAAUGCCAAGUGGAUGCCAAACGCCAUUUGAGCUACAGUUUCAUCGAAAAAUGUGUGAAUAAGGCUAAAAACAAUGUGGAUGGAGCCUAUACAUACUCCCGUCAAGUGAGCCUUGACCGGGUGAGGAGAAAUGCAGCAAGCCCUGCAGACAUCCUGAGACUCCUGAAGCAGCCCAAUGGACCAUCCAGAGAGGCGGUACGUGCUGCAGACUACAUGGCCAACACUCUGCACGUGAUUGACCACUACCUGUCCAAACGUCACAAACGCUCCAUCAAUGCCACAGAUCUUAUCUCUGAGGGUGAUCUGAACGUGAUCGCCAGACUGACAGGCUGCGCUGCUCAAGUCAGAAAUAUUCACUGCCAGGAUCUUCCCAAUCUCAACAACUAUCGCACAGCAAACAGCGUCUGCAACAACAUUAAAAACCCUCGCUGGGGUGCCUCCAACAUCCCAUUCCUCCGCUGGCUGCCUGCUGAGUAUGAAGAUCGCAUCAGUUCUCCUAAAGGCUGGACUCGUGACUUGAAAGUCAACAAUUACCUUCUUCCCUUAGUGAGACAAGUGUCCAACAAUAUUUUGUCAUAUAAGUCUGAAGUGAUCAAUGACCCCCUCUACACCCACCUGGUGACAAUCUUUGGCCAGUGGACAGACCAUGACCUCACUUUCACCCCUCACUCUCCCUCCAUCAUGUCAUUUAAUGAUGGCAUUGAUUGUGAAAAGACCUGUGGCAACACAGAACCAUGCUUCCCCAUAGAGUUUCCCUCAAAUGACUCUCGCAUUCGGAGUCACUCUGAAAAGUGCAUGCCAUUCUCCCGCUCUGCGCCAGCUUGUGGUUCUGGUAAAACUGGAUACAUCUUUGGAUCAUCCACUGUCCGCCAGCAGAUGAACACUCUGACGGCCUUCAUUGAUGUGGGCCAGGUCUAUGGUUCUGAUGACGUCAAAGCUCGCAAUCUCCGAAACCUUACUAAUGAGCAAGGAUUGUUGAAGGUGAAUAGAGACCAUAAAGACAACGGCCGUGACCUCCUGCCAUUCACCACCAUGGCGGCCAACAUGUGUGCCACAAGGCAACGCAUGACCAGUGAUAACAGUGCUGAGGAAGUGCUGUGCUUCUUUGCUGGCGACGACCGUUCCAACGAAAACAUCGGACUGGCUUCUUUGCACACUCUGAUGAUGAGAGAGCACAAUCGCUUGGCCCGUGCUCUUGCUCAGCUCAACCCAACGUGGAACGGAGAGAGACUCUACCAGGAAGCCCGCAAGAUUAUGGGAGGAUACAUGCAGGUUAUCACUUACAGGGACUAUCUCCUUCACAUUGUUGGACCGGAGGCCAUAUCAAAGAAGUUGUCCACAUAUCCUGGUUAUGAUGAAAAGAUUGAUCCCAGCAUUGCCAACGUGUUUGCCACAGCUGCCUACCGAUUCGCUCAUCUGAUGGUUCAGCCCUUCAUUUUCCGUCUUGAUGAGAAUUACCAGGAUCAUCCAAAAUACCCCACCCAGCUGAUUCACAGAACCAUGUUUGCCCCUUGGAGGAUCGUCUUUGAAGGUGGAUUGGACCCAAUCUUGAGAGGGUUGAUUGGUCGUCCGGCCAAGCUGAACACUCAGGACCGCAUGCUGACUGACGAGCUGAGGGACAGGCUGUUUAACUUCUCUGUAGCCCUGGCUCUGGAUCUCGGAUCUCUUAACCUGCAGAGAGGAAGAGACCAUGGACUCCCUGGCUACAACAGAUGGCGAGAGUUUUGUGGCCUGUCACAGCCAAGGAAUCUAAAUGAGUUAGCUCAGGUUCUCAACAACACUGUCUUGGCCAAAAACCUGCUGGAUCUGUACGGUACACCUAGCAACAUUGAUCCAUGGCUGGCAGGAGUGGCUGAGCCAUUUGUCCGUGGAGGAAGAGUGGGACCUCUGUUUGCCUGCCUGAUUUCCACUCAGUUCCAGAAAAUCCGUGAGGGAGACAGGUUUUGGUGGGAGAACAAAGGUGUCUUCACGGAGGCUCAGAGGCUGGCACUUAGGGACACGUCUCUUGCCAGAAUCAUCUGUGACAACACUGGGAUCACUGAAGUUCCUGAGAAACCUUUCCAGUACCGACCUCGAGGCUCUGGAUACACCCGGUGUAACGCCAUCCCUGCAUUUGAUCUCAGUCCAUGGAAAGAGGGUGCUGAAGGUCCAGAAAAGCCACAACCACCAACAGGAGCUUCAGGUCAAGCUGGACCCCCUGGACCACCAGGACCAAGAGGUCUCCCAGGACCACCUGGACCUCCCGGACCUUCAGGCGCAGCAGAGCAUGUAGCUUUCUCUGUGCGCCUUGGUAACAACUACCCCAAUCCUGGUAGCCCCAUUGCCUUCCAUGAUGUCAUCUACAACGGACAGAACAGCUAUGACCCCAAGACCGGCUUUUUCACCUGUGAGCACCCAGGCGUCUAUGAGUUUGAGUUCCACUGCACCAUCUACAACAGUGAAGGCAGCUUGGAUCUGAUCCGCAAUGGGGCCCUGGUUCUGCACUCAUUCACCACCCGCCAGAGCGGCUACAUCACAGCCAGUGGCAGUACCUUCAUCAAGCUUGCGAAGGGAGACAGGGUGUGGCUGGUGGCUAACAGUGGCGGCAACGGACUGACCAGUGACAGCUUCCUCUCUGGUCAUCUGCUGUUCACCGAUUAGUAGAUACUUGUCCAAUUUGCACUUUCCAUUUAAAGCACUUAAAAUUAAGAAGUAAAAAAUUGAGUGAAACUGAAGUGAUAAAUGAGUCUAUUUUUCCCUCCUCACUAUUCUUGAUUAUACUUUGAACCUGUGUGACAAUUAUUAAGAAAGGAUUAAUAAUGAACUGGUGUACUUUUCUGUUGUGAAUAAAGAAUGCACUAAAUUGUAACAGAAACAAGUGAUUAAAAUGUGCUUCUACA